UUGACCAUUUUGAUUAUUUUUUUUCUCUAUAUAUUUUCUUGUGUUAUAUAUAUAUACAUGUGUGUCUAACAUUAUACACACACGCAUAUACACACGAUUGUUAUGAUAUUUUGAGUCAAGGAAACUCAAGACAAAAAAAAAAUAGGAGAAAAUAGCAAAAAAAAUAAUUUCUACGUUUGUUUUUUUUUACAUUUCAACUUUUUCGUUGUCGAGCAACUAACAAACAAAACGGCAAAAACAAAAACAAAAUCAAACAAAUAGAAUCUCGAUAUAUUUCAAGUCAUUUUGGGAAGCUAAAAAAUCAAACUAAUCAUUUGACUAGAAUAUAUAUAUAUAUGUGCAAAGCGACAACAACAUCAACAACGAAACGUUUCACAUAUAUAUAAUUUUUUGUGGUUGAAAAAAAAAAUUCUCUACACACUUGCAAUAUAUUUAUUGGUCAUUGAUUUUUUUCAAUUAUUUGUUUAUUUAUUUAUUUAUGUUUCAUGUGAAAUUCUUUCUUCAAGAAGAAUAAGAAGAAGUUGAAUAAACAAAAAAAAAACAAAAAUCGAAUCAAAAUGAUGCCCGGAGCUCAUUCAGGGCAAACCUUAAAUGAUCGUCUUAAUGCAGCACGUUAUGCAUUAGCCGGUCAAGGUUUAGCUCGUGUUGUUUGUAAAGCUACCACUGAAGAAAUGAUUGCACCGAAAAAGAAACAUAUUGAUUAUUUAUUACAAUGUACUGAUGAACCAAACGUAUCGAUACCUCAAUUGGCCAAUCUAUUGAUUGAACGUACACAACAAUCUAGUUGGGUUGUAGUGUUCAAAGCAUUGGUUACCGUACAUCAUCUUAUGUGUUAUGGAAAUGAACGUUUUACACAAUAUCUUGCAUCAAGUAAUUGUAAUUUUCAGCUAAAUAAUUAUCUGGAUAAAGCAGCACCAAAAGGUUAUGAUAUGUCAAUAUUUAUAAGACGUUAUGCACGUUAUAUUAAUACAAAAGCACUUUCAUAUCGUACGGUUGCUUUUGAUUUUACCAAAGUCAAACGAGGUGAUGAAGGUCAAUUACGACAGAUGGGUAUGGAAAAAUUAUUGAAAACAAUACCUGUAUUACAGACACAGAUCGAUACAUUAUUGGAAUUUGAUUGUAAUGCAAAUGAUUUAACUAAUGGCGUUAUCAAUGCAGCAUUUUUUUUGCUAUUCAAAGACAUUAUUCGUUUAUUUGCAUGCUAUAAUGAUGGUAUUAUAACGUGUUUGGAAAAAUAUUUUGAAUUAACAAACAAAAAAAUGGCACGUGAAACAUUGGAUAUUUAUAAAAAAUUUCUAACACGUAUGAAUAAAGUUGGUGAAUUUUUAAAAGUAGCCGAAAUGGCCGGUAUUGAUCGUGGUGAAAUACCUGAUCUAACUAAAGCACCAAGUAGCCUUUUAGAGGCUAUGGAACAACAUUUGGCUGCAAUGGAAGGUCGAAAACCAGGAACAACAUCAAAUGGUGAUAAUAAACCACCAGUGGAUGAACAAACGACGGUGAAAAAAGCUAUUGAAGAAGAAGAAAAAUUCCUUAAUAAAUUAAAGAACGAAUCUUCGGAAAAUUCGGAAAAACAUAUUCAAGAGAAAAAAGUGAACAAUCCAUUUUUGGCAAUAUCCAGUGGUGGUGGUGGUGGUGGUGGUGGUGGUAAUAAAAAUGAAAAUUCUAAUCAAGAUGAAUUGGCAAAAAAAUCCAAUGAUAUGAUCGAUUUAUUGAUGGAUGGCGGUAGUAGUGGUAAUAAUAGUGCUGAAAAAACAUCAAAUGCUGAUCUAUUCUCAUUGGAUACAAAUGCAUCAUCAUCAUCGGCAAUGGCUGCCAAUAAUCCAUUUGCCGAUAUAUUAAGUUCAUUGAGUAUUACACCGGCAAAUAAUGCCACUUCUUCAGCAACUACUACAACUAGCGCUGGUGCUGGUGCUGGUGGUGGUGGUGGUGAUGAUUUUGCUACAUCCGAUGGUUUUGCUGCUGCAUUCGGAACUUCCAGUAAUUCCAAUAUUGUGAAAGCACCACCAGUCAUGACCAUGUAUCCAGAAUCAACAACUAAAAAAUCACCUACUAUUGAUGGUUUCGAUGCAUUCGGUGAUGUAUUACAGCCACAGAAUGUUAGUACAUUGAUACAGAAUCAAAAAUCAUUGAUGAAUUCAAUCGAUAUGACCAAUAAUAAUAAUGGUUUCAACAAUAUGUUCAACAAUCAUAUUAAUAAUAAUAAUCAUAUAGUGCCAACAAUAUCUUCCUCAACAACAAUAAUGCCGUCAUCAACGACAACACUUUUAUCAUCAUCAACAUCCACAUCAUCAUCAGUGCCAACAAGUUCCUCAAAUCCAACAACUGGUAUACUAGUUAAAGGUGAUCUCGAUGCUACAUUAGCUAGUUUAGCUCAAAAUCUUGAUAUCAAUGGUCUCAAAGGAGCUGGCAACUAUAAAAGGGGACAACAAUUUAAUCCAAGUCCAAAAAGUACAAUGAAAACUGGUGGUGGUAGUACAUUAUCAUCAUCAUCAUCAACAACAACAACAAUGAAUGGUACUAAUGGUGGUGGAUCAAUAUCACCAUCAAUGAUGAUGAGAAAUACAUCAACAACUGCUAAUUGGAAUCGUCCAUCUAUGAUAAUACCUCCAUCAUCAUGGACUGCAACAACAUCGGUUACAGGAUCAACGCAACAACCAGCCAUGAUAAUGCCAAUGAUUGGUGGUGGUAUACCAUCAACAGCAUUAUUUGCUGCAGCCGCUCAACAGCAGCAGCCACAAACAACAACAAUGAUGAUGGGCAAUUCAUUUGCGAUACGACAACCAUCAAUGAUACCCGGUGCCGUACCUAUAUUGCCACCAACUGUGAAUGCAUCCACAUUGUCCAGUAUAUUGGCCGGUCAAAAACAACAACAACAAACACUACUACUAAUAAUAAUAAUAAUAAUCAUCAAUCGAUCCAUUUGGAGCACUUUGAAUGAAUAAACCAUUUUGAAAACAGCCAAUGAAGUACAAAACAUCAAAACAAGAAACAAAAAAAAAAAAAAAAUUUCAA